GGUUCACCCUCCUCUGGUGCUCCUACACCCAGAAUGCUGGAAGAAGGGAACAAAAUCAUCAAGGAGAGGUUGCCAAAUACCCCCCUGUCCCAGGAGAAUCAUAGCCCAGGGGAGUGCCAGGGACCCUGGUGAGGUUGCCCAUGCCCCAGAAAACACCAGUUGGGAUCUCAGGGUGCAAAGGGGCUAACUUAAAUAUUUGUUUCACAAAAGGAAUAGAGAAACCAGCUGCAUGCUCAGGGAGUUUGCAUAAUUUGGGGAGGAAGGGAGAUGGAGCUGGGACCCCCUUCAUUUUGGGGGGCACAAAGCUACAAGAGGGGCACAAAGCUACAAUUUAUUCCCUCCCCCCCCCAAAAAAAACCACUUUCCAUUCUGGGGUGUUGCUUCAUUGGUUUUUGCAAGCCAGAUGCAAGCACCUCUUACCUUUCCUCAGCCAAAUCCUGCUCCGUGGCCAGGUCCUUCCACCGGGAGCUGCUCAGAGCCUGUGGGGAGACAAGGGGGGUCCAAGGGGGGGCACGGGUCACACGUGGGUCUCCUCAUCAGAGGGGGCAGCGGGAGGGCAGGUCGAGGCAGGGCUCACCUGGGUGCUGCCGGGUGCCAGCAGGAGGAGGGCCAUGCCCAGCAGGAUGGUCACGCUGCAGAGCCCCAUGGUCCUCGAGUGGAGAAGAGAGAGAUGGUAGAGACGUGGUGGCACAAGCCAUGUGGCUGGUGCUGGCCCACACCCCGUUCCCGUGCCCACAGCUCCUCCCUGACCCCAGCACCCCCGUGCCCACCGGGGCUGGCAGGGACCUACCUGUCCGUGGCUGCCCUGUCACACCUGCCUCGCACUUUGUCCCUGCCGUGGCAGCCUGGUGGCAACUGGGUGGAUCCAGGUGCCGCUGCCGCCCAUCCCACAUGUCCCUCCCGGCCCUGGGUGGAUCCAGGUGCCGCUGCCGCCCAUCCCACAUGUCCCUCCCGGCCCUGGGUGGAUCCAGUGCCGCUGCUCAGGGACAUGGCACCCCUGUGCACCCCUGGGCUCUCCAGGGCAGGCAGGUCCAUGUCCUCCUAACAGUGCACGAUCUCUGGAGAGAUGGAAAAUUCAAGUUUUGGCUUGAAAUACGGAUUUUUGACAGUCACUGGCCAGCUGGGAAAUACUUUAUUGCCCAUGGACGCUGGGAAAAGCUGGUGGCCUAGAAGAGACAAUCAGUAACUACAAUUUGUUUCCCAACAGCAAGGGUGGGCACUCGAGGACCCUGGGCUCUGGGAAAAAGGAGUUCCCAGGUCAGAACUCCUGAACACAGUAAGGAAGAGCAGACUGGGCUGCUGCCCAACCUUUGUACCACCACACGCCAAAGCCUGCAGGCAUCUCCAGUAGCGUGGGGCCUGCUGCUUGUUCCCAGAUAUCCCAGUGUGGGGAAAAAUGCCUCAUUCGGGGCUUUAGUGUUGGGAAGUGACUUUUUAGUCCCUGCUGAGAGAUGUCCCUGGGCAGUUGUGUGGCUGCAGGGUUUGCUUGCUGGAGACAGCACUCUCCAGAGCCCACGGAGCAGGGAUUAGGGCUGGACAAGCUGGAUGAGUUUUAAACAUAGCAAAGCUUUUUAAAACUUACUGGGAAAUCUCCUGCAUCUCCGUAAACAUCAUUCCCUGCUCCCAUUUGCAAGGAUUUUUCAAAGCCCCUUUGAUCUUCU